AUGGCUCGCAACAGUGAAAAAGCACAGUCUAUGCUUUUUCGCUUCCGCGCCGCACAAGCUGCAGACCUCGGAAUUCUCGAUAUUGGCCGUACCCGCCGCCCCAAAGCCAUCACAUCUGUAACUUCGAUUCCCGUAUGCGAGAAAUGGCGGGGACAGGUGCUGAAGGAAAUUUCGCGCAAGGUCUCACGCAUCCAGGACCAGAGCUUGAGCGAUUACCAGAUCCGGGACUUGAAUGACGAGAUCAAUAAGGCCAUGCGGGAAAAGUGGAUGUGGGAGGUACAGAUACGGAAUCUUGGAGGGCCGAAUUAUACACGUGGUGGUGGGAGGGUGUAUGACGAUGAUGGCAGGGAGAUACCGGGUGGUGGGAAAGGUUAUCGAUAUUUUGGGAGGGCGAGGGAGCUUCCAGGUGUCAAGGAGAUGUUUGAAGCUGCUGCACGAAAACAAAGUAAGACGGGUCGAGAGGAAGAUGAUGGUGGGGGCAGGGUAGUGGAUUUGACUCGAAGAAAUGUUGAUGCUGCUUAUUUUGGAUAUGGGCUAGAUGAGGAAGACGGGACGCUGUUGGAGUAUGAAAGGCAGAAAGAAAAGGAGGCUUUUGAAAAUAUGUUGCAGCAUGGGAAGGACGAGGCAGUCGAUGGGUGGGAACCGCUGCCUGGUGAUAGCGGGGACGGUAUUGAGUGGAGGCUACCUACCCUCGAGGAAGUACAAGAAGAAUUAGUAGAUCGGCGUCGGAGGAGAUUGCUUGACAAAAUACGUUGA